AUGUCCACAAAUCCCUUCCGUAAGAGUAGUUCAUUGAAAGGUUCUGGCGGAAGCAGCACUCCCACUCCUAGUCUCACAUCGGAUCCUCGCGGCACCAGUCCUGGCGCUCUUUCUCUUGAUACCAGAGUCCACGGUCCGACGCAGAAACAUGUGAACUUCGCUUCCCCUCCGGCCAUCCCCAUCUCGCCGGUCUCAUAUCCACCCUCGCCCGAGUCUACACGACAGGAGUUCCUCUCUGCGUUCCCCAGCCCGCACUCUCCUUUACCUGCACCGACAGACUAUAGCCAAGCGCUCGCGAGCGAUCCUUUCGCGGCCGAAGCUUCCGACGAGGAUGAUACCGCCAUCGAGCAGGCAUUGGAGAAUGCGAGGGCGAACAAUGAGAUUACCGCGCCUGGGUCGAUGGCGACAAAGGCCUCAAGAGAAGAUGCCGUGAGAGAGACCCUGGGGCGAUUUGCAAGCAUUCCACGACGGCCGGUCAACAGUCAAUCAGCUGCCGCGGGAAAGGACCUCUCGAAAUCGGCCAUGGACGUGGACGCCUUCAAGAGGAUGUUGCUGACGGGAGAUCGGGGUUCUUCUUCAUCCCGCGAGACAGGGGUACAGAACAUCCAGUCGGGCCCUAAUCCUGUAAGUGACAGUGGUUCCAGUGCGGACACAGCAUCAAUCUCACAGCACUCGAUAUUCGAGACUGUACAACCUGCGCCGGAUGAAAGUCCCCGAACUUCAGAUGAUCUAGAGGGCAAUGAGGCGAACACAUAUCGUGCGCAGCUUGGGACUAUCUCAGAAAAAGGAGAAAGACCCCCUCCGCCCAAGAGCAGACGCGGGAAGCCCCUCAAGGAUCUGGGGACGGAGCAAGGUCCAACAGCCAAAUUCGACAGCUUUAUCAACUCGCUGGCGCUGCCUGGCAGCUACAAUGCCAGCUCAGAAGCGCCGAGUCUAAGGUCGCCUCCGAUUGACGACAGUUCUACCAGCGAUCGCCUUGCGAGUGCGGGAUAUUCUGAUACCCAGAAAAAGGUGCCUCCUGCGCCUCCAUUAACUCGCCGGAAGAGCCAGCAAGCACCGAAGAAACCGGCCCUGGCAAGGAGCAGCUCCUCUCGCUAUUCAGUUUUCAGCGAAACAGAUGGACCUCCAAGCCCAGCCUUUUCCAGCUCCGGAACAAAGCCUCCUCCACCACCUCCAGCGCGGCGAGCCAACAGUACUGGCGACCGUCGUCCCUCAAUCGACGUGGCUUCUAUCCCAGAGAACGAGAACGUAACGGAUACGGAAUUCAGGCCAGGGUUACACUCCAGUCCUUCCUACUCGAAGCGGUUGAGCCAGGGACUCCCGCCUCCGCUACCGCCGCCCAGGCGAGGAAGAGGCUCAAGCCGAAGUAGCAUGGAAACUACAAGGCCAUCAAUGGCGCAUCUGGACGUGUCAGACGCUGGAGGAAGUGAUUUGGGCUUUCCCAAGAGUGACCCCAGAGACAUCUUGGCAGACCUUGCUGCCCUGCAACGCGAGGUAGAUGCUGCUAGAGCAGGGGCGGGUCAGUGA